AUGUCGGAUGUCGAUACCAAGAAGCAGGGUAUACAGAAUCCGUUUUUGUGUCGUUUCCUUCUUAUGCUGAUGAUAACAGACUCUACCAACACUUCUGGUCCCAAUGAUCCUGCCGAUUCUGCAUUCUUCAAGCUCACCCUCGAAGAGCGCAACAAGAUCUACCACCAACUUCUGGAUCCUAGAGGCAGAAAGACUUUGUCUAUUGAGCCUCCAAACUCUCUCAAGGCCAUCAACAAACUCCUGGACGUCUCACCGGAAGUGCAUACCGAAGUAGUCGCUCUCAUUGCAUCGGAGACCAAGGCUCGCGUCCAAGCUGGAAUUUGGCAUGACCUCAAACUCGAACCAUAUAUCGUUGCGGUAGCCAACNGAAAGAUCAAGCAAGAAGAAAAGACCUCUGCCAAACAAAUCCCUUCGGAUCUCAAAGUCUGGAGCAUGAUCAUUGUGGCCUUCACCGCCGAGUCGCAACUCAAAAUUCACGCAAAGCUGAACUUCAAGGAGAAGACAGUCAGAAUUGUCAGCCUUCCCGACUUCGAUGAGCUCGGACUCGCUGGCGGUUAUUGCGACAGCAUCUAUGCAUGGUUCGAGGGCGCUUUCCUAGAGGCUAUGAAAGCUUUCACCGACAAGGACGGCUUUGAUGGCUUCCCGCUCAAGGAUGUUCCUGAGUUGCUGCACAAAGUCGAUAUGCCUUGUCCCAAGCACUUCUGGGACUACGAUCACCUAUUUGGCGAGCGAGAGUAUGACGAGUGGGACGAGUACGAUGAGUACGAUGAUUACGAUGAUUACGAUGACUAUGAUAAUUACAAUGGAGAGGGUGAGAGCUAUGAUGACUUCGGCGAUGAGGAUGACUGUUCCGACGAGGAUGUAGAAGAUGAUAGAGAUAGCGAGCACGGAGGUUUUCAGUGCGGUGCGAUUGAGGGCGGAGUCAAGGUGGAGGAUGAAGAGGAAAAGGUCAAGGUCGAGGUCGAGGAUAUCAAGGUUGACGAGAAGACCAAGGGUGAAGCUACCAGUGCUGGUAACUGA